AGCGGCGCUGCAAUGAACUUGUCGCUGUUCUCGUUGCCCAUCUAUUGUCCGCUCAUCUUCCUCACUUGGCGCUUGUUCCGCGAGAGAGCUUCGCUCGGUAGCUGUCAGUUAGUGGAGGAGGGUGUUUAAUUGUGUUUGUGGCGUUGACAUUGACACAUGGGGAUUAGCACCCAGCGAAGAUGCAUCUAAAAUGGAUUCUGGCCUUGGCCUUGCUGGAGGAUCUUUAUCUGGGCAGAGGAGAAGCUGCCGCUGGCCCUGACCUCGGGCACAAGCUGGCUGCUCACUUAGCUCCCAGUACGCCCUCCGAGGUUCAGGCUGAAGCUGCUAGGGCAGUGAUUCGUCGACUGAUCGGCCAGAAAUCUGCCAAAAGGUUUCAAGUGGAGGUGGACAAGGGUCUGGAGCUGCGUAGCUUCAAGAUCACCAAGCUGGAUAAUGGCCGGAUUUUGCUGACUGGCUGGGAUGGUGUCUGCGCCUGCAAGGCCUUCCACUAUUAUUUGAAGUACUACCUCAACAAGGACGUCGACUGGUUCAAGAUGCGCAUCGAGCUUCCCGAUAAUCUGCGGCUACCCAAUGCUACCAUUGAGUCCAGCUCGGCAAGUCCGAUCAUCUACCACCAGAACGUGUGCACCUGGGGCUACAGCUUCGCCUGGUGGAGCUUCGAACAGUGGCGUCGUCAUCUGGACUGGAUGGCUCUGAUGGGCAUCAACCUAUCCAUAGCACCGAUUCAGGAGGCCAUCUGGGCGGAGGUGUAUACGGAGAUGGGUCUUAGUAGGGAGGAGAUUGAUGACCAUUUGGCGGGACCUGCUUUCCAGGCCUGGCAGCGCAUGGGAAAUAUUAGAGGAUGGGCUGGACCCCUGAAACCGGAGUGGCGCCAGUUCCAGCUACUUCUGCAGCAGGAGAUCCUGAGCGCCCAACGUAACCUAGGCAUGAGUGUGGCCCUGCCUGCUUUUGCCGGCCAUGUGCCCAGGGCCUUGAGCCGUUUGCAUCCGAAUACCAGCUUCACAGAUGUCCAACGAUGGAACCACUUCCCCGAUCGCUACUGUUGUGGAUUAUUUGUGGAGCCCACAGAGCCGUUAUUUCAAGAAAUAGCCACCAGCUUCCUGCAACGUGUUGUGGCCAUAUAUGGUUCCAAUCACAUCUUCUUCUGCGACCCCUUCAACGAACUGGAACCACCGGUGGCUAAGCCGGAGUACAUGCGAUCCACGGCGGCUGCAAUACACAACUCCAUGACGGCUGUCGAUCCGGAGGCCAUUUGGCUACUGCAGGGCUGGAUGUUCGUGAAGAAUCCAUUCUGGACACCGGACAUGGCGGAGGCCUUCCUUACGGCCGUGCCCCGCGGCAGAAUCCUUGUGCUGGACCUCCAAAGCGAGCAGUUCCCGCAGUACGAGCUCACCCAAUCCUACUUUGGCCAGCCGUUCAUCUGGUGCAUGCUGCACAAUUUCGGUGGCACUUUGGGCAUGUUUGGAUCGGCUAAGCUGAUCAAUUCCGGGAUCGAAUCGGCACGGAGAAUGCCCAACAGCAGUAUUGUGGGCACGGGCAUCACUCCCGAGGGAAUUGGCCAAAACUACGUCGUGUACUCCUUAACGUUGGAGCGGGGCUGGAGUCGGAACUCUAUUGACUUGGAUAGUUGGUUUCGCCAGUACACCUUAUCCCGCUACGGAGUCAAGGAUGAGAGCCUGGAAAAUGUCUGGUUGCUACUAAAGAAUAGUGUUUACUCAUUUCAUGGACUUCAGAAGAUGCGGGGGCAGUACAUGGUCACCAGAAGACCUUCUUUCAACCAUGAUCCCUUCACUUGGUACAACGCCAGCGAUGUUCUGGAAGCCUGGCAUCUGCUACUCUCCGCCAGGGCCAUUAUACCGCUAGAGGACGACCGAUACGAUGUCUACGAGCAUGAUCUGGUGGACAUUACCCGGCAGUUCCUGCAGAUUACUGCAGAUCAGUUGUAUGUGAACCUUAAAUCGUCCUUCAGAAAGCGUCAGGUGCCGCGUUUUGAGUUCCUCAGCUCCCGGCUGCUACAGUUGUUCGAUGACUUGGAGCUGAUCCUGUCAAGCGGAAGGAAUUUCCUGCUGGGCAACUGGCUGGAGCAGGCCAAGCAAGUGGCGCCCCAACCCGAAGACCGCAAAAGCUUUGAGUUCAAUGCCAGGAAUCAGAUCACUGCCUGGGGUCCGGAUGGCCAGAUACUGGACUACGCAUGCAAGCAAUGGUCGGGUCUGGUGAAGGACUACUACAAGCCACGGUGGUCUCUCUUCUUCGACGAUGUGGGAGUGGCCCUGCACUCGCAGCGACCCUUCAAUGGCUCCGCCUUCAAGCAAAAGGUCUCGCAGAGAAUCGAACUACCUUUUAGCAACAAAACGGAUAUAUAUCCUACAGAGCCUAUAGAUAAUGUCUGGUUUAUAUCGCACACAAUCUUUGAGAGGUGGAUGGGCUAUACGAAGGACACUCAGUUUCUCCAUAACAAUCGGUUGGCAGUGCCUAGAAAGCCGGGUGUCUAAUAU